AGAAUGCCCGUCGACCUCUACAACCUGUCCCUGUCAGCGCCUUGCGCAUUGGUACGCAUGGUGGCCAAGCACAUCGGGGUGGAGCUCACCGUCAAGGAAGUGAACUUUUUCAAGAAGGAACAUCUAAGCCCCGAGUACCUGAAGAUCAACCCGUUCCACAAGGUUCCAACAAUUAGCGACGAUGGAUUUGUGAUCUACGAGAGCACGGCCAUCUGCCUUUACCUGCUGAACAAGUACGCACCGGACAGCGACCUGUACCCGAAGGACCUGCAGAAGCGCGCGAGGGUAGACCAGGUUCUGGCAACGGUGACCAGCUUCGUGCAGCCUUGCUACGACGAGUUCUACAGAAAUUCCGCUAUGUUAACGAAGAAGCCUACGGCACAGCAAGUUCAAGACCUGGAAGAGACUGGCCUCAAAGGCCUCGAGCAUCUUGUGAGCGACGGCAGAUUCGCCGUCGGGGAUGCGCUCACUCUGGCAGACCUCACCCUGGUGGCGCACCUGAGCUACUCUAUAAUGAUGCCUGUUUUCGACCGCAAGAAAUUCUCUAAACUGGUUUCCUACUACGAAUGCGUGUCAGCCCAGAUGCCUCACUUUGCUGAGACGAAAGCUGUCACCGAGUGGCAGGUGCAGAAAUGGUCGGCCUUGAAGUGAAGACAAAACCCCGAGCAUCACUUUGGCCAUCAAACUCGGAGCUGCUCUAUUUUGGAAUAAAAU